AUGUCCAAAGGUCUGGUGAGGAUCAGAUUGGCCAGGUUUGGUCGUAAACAUGCUCCUGUAUACAACAUAGUGGUUGCGAAUGCGCAUAAGGCUCGUGAUAAAACGCCUAUCGAAGUGUUGGGCACCUACAAUCCUAUUGCCACGCCGUUGACAAAACGUGAACUUCAGAACGGAGCGGUACCUACAAAAGAUGUGAAACUGGAUUUCGGAAGAACAAAGUACUGGAUCGGUGUUGGAGCGCAGCCUAGUGAUACAGUUACAAAGCUACUGAUCAAAAGUGGCGUCUUGGGCUCCGAGUGGAGCAAGACAUGUAGCGCGAGCCGACCAGUGGUUCUACCUCAAAGGGAGGUCUUGGAAUGA